UCCGGAUGUCAACACAAGUGUGUAAACACCCAUUCAACGUAGUAUAGAACGCUCAACGGAGACUAGUGUCCCCUCUCGCUGACGUUUCAGUAUCAUUUGAGGAAUUAUCGACCCCCCCCCAAAACGCAAAUAUUAGCGUCACGGUGGAGUGUAACUUGGUAGUGAGGCGAGCGAAGGACAAAAGCCCCCAAAUCGGUGGCGAAGAGGACGGACAGUGCGGGGGGUAAAUUGGUGGAGUGGCACAGGCAGGUCCGACCCAGCGACCAUGGCAGCGGCGACCGUCGUGGAGGCUGAGAAGCCGGCGGCGAACGAAAGCGCCACCGCCGGCUUCUCUGGCGUCCACCAGCCGGCCUGGGACGAUUCUCAGCUGCGGAGGUAUACGUUCUCCACCAAGCCCAUUCCCAGGCUGUCGCAUACCGACCCCAGAGCCGAGAUGCUCAUCAACAACGAGGAGCCGGUGGUUUUAACAGACACAAACCUGGUGUACCCUGCCCUCAAAUGGGACAUCUCCUACCUCCAAGAGAACAUCGGCAACGGCGACUUCUCCGUCUACAUCGCGGAAAACCACAAGUUCCUUUACUACGACGAGAAGAAAAUGGCCAACGUGGAGAACUUUGUCCCCAAGUCCCAACGACUUGAGAUGAAAUUCUCUGAGUUUGUGGAGAGGAUGCAGCAAGUGCAGCAAAUGGGAGGCGAAGAGCGGGUGUACCUACAGCAAACGCUCAACGACACGGUCGGGAAGAAGAUAGUGCUGGACUUCCUCGGUUUCAACUGGAACUGGAUCAACAAGCAGCAGGCCAAAAUGAACUGGGGCCAGCUAACAUCCAACCUCCUGCUCAUAGGCAUGGAAGGCAACGUGACGCCGGCGCAUUACGACGAGCAGCAGAACUUCUUUGCGCAAAUCAAAGGCCACAAGAGAUGCAUUCUUUUUCCUCCCGACCAGUUUGAGUGUCUCUAUUCGUACCCUGUCCACCAUCCCUGUGAUAGACAGAGUCAAGUUGAUUUUGACAACCCUGACUACAAUAGGUUUCCCAAUUUUAAAAACGUUGUUGGCUAUGAGGCGGUUGUGGGCCCAGGAGAUGUGCUCUACAUCCCCAUGUAUUGGUGGCAUCACAUAGAAUCGCUGCUGAGUGGUGGCGUGACAAUCACAGUCAACUUCUGGUACAAAGGAGCACCCACACCUAAGAGGAUAGAAUACCCACUGCGAGCUCACCAGAAGGUGGCCAUCAUGAGGAACAUCGAGAAGAUGUUGGGAGAAGCGCUUGGCGACCCUCGACAAGUGGGACCGUUGCUCAACACCAUGAUCACAGGACGAUACGAAGAUCCCAACAAGAAGGGUGAGCCUUGAAAUUGCGCCAUCUUGACUCUCGGACUAUGUCGCUGCACGGCAAUACGCGGCUAUCUUGAAACCAUCGCGCUUCUCACGGUGCCAUCGUCUUUACCCGUCUCACGGGAGUUGACUGUACUUGAACAAGACGUUUUUCUUUUUGCGUGUUUUGGUUAGUUAUUUAUGCCCAGCAGUGUUCUCAGAAUAUCUAAUUUAAAAGAAUAAAUAAGCGACUAGGGUGUGCAGUGAAUGAUCGCUUUUGGAGGAAUCUGUGACAAACCACUAGCAGAACCGCUUGUACUUAUGAAGUUGCCACUUUUUUUCUCGCCUUUGAAGGGAAUAGGGGUGUCAAGUUUAACGUUUCAAAAGCAGUUCAACUUUUCUGUACGUUUAAUUAUCAGAUUGCUGUGGCUGCUUGACAAAGGCAAAUAAGUAACCUAGUUAGGUUCACGGCAAGUGUGUCUCUGGUGUUGUGUUAGCUCACUUAGCUUAGCUAAAAUAUCAAAAUACAUCUACCUUGCCUUUCGGUGACUCUUCCAGUACCGCUGUUGCAAUUUGCCGAUCACUCUCAAUAACGUUGUGAGCUCGGUGGAAAUGCUAAAUUUAAAAAAAAAAAAAGUGAUUAUUGAUGAUGGAGGAUGUUUUUUGUUUUGGUACAAGUUCCUACUAAAUUCUGUGAAAUGGCUAAAAAUGUCCUCACACGUAACUGUUAUAAUGCCUACUGUAAUAUUUGCCCAUUUUUAUAGGAAACAGUAUUAAAGCGUGUUUCCCCCAAGGUGAAUUUAGAGUAAAUGAAUUAACGUGAGCUGAAUUAUUUUAACGCUAAAGAAAAUAUUGCAGCCUUGUGGGAGAGACGGCUGGCGCGGUAAUGAAUCCAAGUACGGCCAUUUAUAUGUAUCGCAUAUAUUCAAAAUUAGGCGACUGUGUUAAGUACGUCAUCAUUUUGGAUUUAUACUUCAAAGACUAUUGGAUUAGGACUAGCAAAGGCAUCAUUAAAAAAAAAAAUUUUAAAUGCAGAUUAUAUGUUUAGUGAUGACACCAACAUUCAGGUUAUGUCCUCCUGGGAAAGCCAUUUACUGUUUGGCUCAUUUUUAAGCCUUUUAAUGCACCCAUGAUCAGGUUUAAAGCUGCUUGUUAAGUUUCAUGGCGGUUUGUGUGUGACGUAAACUGCAGAACCUGUUUCUCUGCCGUAAAACAAAACAACCUCAACGCCGCUUCACCAAAGCUCAUCGUACAAAUGGACUCAUUGUUUACACUUCCUGUUUGCGCUCUGCUCCCAAGUUGCUAUGACACAGGAAAGCACUUAUCUCCAAAUUUUGUUUUGUUACCAAGAGCAAUCCGAUACACUGGAAAAAAAA